UUAACCCGCCGCCAUCAUGAAGCCAAGCUUCCCCAAGGACCCCGUCAUGCGUAACGAAGCCGGUAAAAUCAUCAUGGAGGCUAUCGUCAGGUCGGACCCGCAUGGGAAGCCGACGUGGUUCCACGAGAAGAAGGAGGUGAAGGAUGGAGGUCGCUUCCACAUGGGCUCCGAGGAGCAGAAGGACGGCACGAUACUGUACUCGCUCGCCGUGACCACGCCCAAGAAGGAGGACGCCGGUGCUUACACCCUGACCGUGACGAACAAGUCUGGCGACAACAGCGCCAAAUUCUCCCUCAACGUCGGACCUCCCCCAGGCUCCGGUGACAUCGCUCCCGAGUUCUCCUCUGACCCUAAGAUCUACGCCAACGCUGACAACAGCCUCAUCACCCUGGAAUGUAUUUAUAUAAUCACGAGGAGCUGUUUGUGCGCUCAUUUGCGCUUGAAGCAAGAGGGAUUUGGAAACUUGGGGAGGACUCCCGAAAAUGCUGACGACCUCACGAAUCGCGCCCAUCGAAUAUCAGAGGACGCGGCCAAGGUCACGGAUCGUUUCCAGGGUGGCGCACAAGCGCCGCGAUCUACGCAGCCGACGUCGAGAACCGCGUGCGCAUGCGUCGCGGCGGCGCACGCCUACGGCGGCGCGGGAACACAGCCUAGCUACGCUCGCUGA